CAUUUUCCAAUCUUCUGACCGGCCACAAACGGACUACAAAGUACUGACAUGCAUGGAAGAAGGUGGGUGUGACCUGGUGCAAAUAUUCCCCUGGAUAGCCAAUGCCUCACGGGAGGACUCCACUACCCUGCCCAGCAGAGGAGAAUUUAAAAUGUGGAAGAGAUCCUCUCUCACGUGGAGGAUGCUCUGCAACUGCAUCAACAAUCCUGACUUGCAGACUUUACAAAGGUCUAGUUCAUAUUUGUCUGAAGGAAUGGUCGCAGAGCACCAUGCUCUAAUGUUGCCAAGAUGCUGCGCCAGAGGUCGUCCAUAUAUCGGCAUAGCCAGAUCCCAACUUUUUUCCUCGUCUUGUUUUUACUGCUGCUCCUCGUAUUCUUUUUCAGGCCUCGGUUAACGCUAGUGGUGCCGGGGAAUCGACAGCUAGCGCCCUUUUCAGUGGUGAAGGAGGACAUCAAGAAUGGUUUUAAGGACAAUACUGCUUCAGUCCCGCCCAUAUCUCCGCCUCCGCCUCUGCCUCUGCCUCCGCUUCUGCCCAAAUCCAAAGCGAGGCACAGCAUUAAUUGUUCGGUCAGUAGCACCUGUUCCACGUCUCGUCGAAUUGAAGGAGGAAUAAAAUGGGACCCCUCGAAUAGGCCCUCUUGCCCGGCUUACUUCGGGUAUAUUUACGAAGAUCUGAAGCCAUGGCGUACCACUGGGAUAACGCUGAAAAUGGUAGAACAUUUCGAGAAGAAACAGUCUUUCAGGAUAACGAUUGUAGAUGGUCGAAUGUAUCUCAUCAUUUACAAAAAACGCUUCCAGACGAGAGACAUUUUUUCGAUUUGGGGCUUUAUUCAGCUCCUGGAAUACUACCCCGGGUUGCUUCCAGAUUUGGAUUUGAUAUUCGAUUGUGUGGACUGGCCGAUAGUUAAGGCCCGGGACUACAGUGACGCCAAUCCCCCGCCUCCUCUGUUUCGUUACUGUGCUGAUGACGCUACGCUGGAUAUCCCCUUUCCGGACUGGUCAUUCUGGGGUUGGUCGGAAAUAAACAUACGACCUUGGGGAGGGCUGCUCACUGACAUCCUGAAGGGCACGAAGAAGAUUAAAUGGGAAGACAGAGACCCCACGGCUUAUUGGAAGGGCAAUCCUUUUGUUGCAAAUGUCAGGAAGGAUCUCUUGAAGUGCAAUGCUUCUGAAGGUCAGGAUUGGAACGCUCGCCUUUACAUUCAGGACUGGUUGAAAGAAGCGCAAGAAGGUUAUAAGAAAUCUGAAUUAUCCGACCAGUGUGACCACAGAUACAAAAUAUAUGUUGAAGGAUCUGCAUGGUCUGUGAGCUUGAAGAACAUUCUGGCCUGUGAUUCCCCAACCCUCAUGUUGAAACCCAAAUACCACGACUUUUUCUCAAGGGGACUGAUGCCCAUGGAGCAUUACUGGCCAGUGGGACUUGACAGAAGGUGUGAAUCCAUAAAGCUUGCAAUUGAUUGGGGAAACAAGCACCCAAGCGAGGCGAAGGCCAUAGGGAAGGCAGCUAGUGACUUCUUGAAGAACGAGGUGAAUAUAGCAAAUGUGUAUGAUUAUAUGUUUCACCUUCUAAAUGAGUAUGCCAAGUUGUUGAAAUACAAACCAUCUGUUCCCAAGGGAGCCAAGGAGAUCUGUUCUACAUCCAUGUUUUGCUCUAGAAAAAACAGGGUUGAAAGAAGAUUUAUGAAGGAAUCUUUGGUUAAAACUGCCAGUGAAUCAGGACCCUGCAAUCUACCUAGUUCUGCCACUUUUUAUGAGUCCUUAAAGGACUGGAAUGAAAGGAAAGCUAAUGCAUUUCAAAAAGUUGAAGAAAUGGAAAGGGAAGCGAGGGAUGGUAUUUUUAAAGAAGCAUAAAAUUUUGACAUACUUCCCAUGGAAAUUUUGACUCCACACAGCCUUUCGUUAUUUCCGCCAACUCAACCAGUGCAUUUAUCAGAUUCCUUCAUUUUUCUAAGAGGAAAGCUUUGAGACGAGUAAAACAUUUUAUUUUUUAAUCUUAGGGUGUAGUUUAUAACUAGUUUCGACAUGAUUAUGCUGUUUCUAGUUGAUUAUAGUUUUUUGAAAAAUAUUAUCUUCAAUUAUAACUUUGCAAGUAUAAAGGAAAAUACAUAUUUUUAUUAAAAA